AUGUCUGACUCUGAGCGUCUGUAUGACUUGGUGGUGGUGGGAGCAGGAUGGUUCGGCAUUGCAGCCGCCAAGUCAUACAUUGAGCUCCAUCCCCAAGACCAAGUGCUGGUGCUGGAAGCCGAAAAGACGUGUGGCGGUACCUGGUGUGAAGAGCGCCUCUACCCAGGACUGAAAUCAAACAACAUGGUCGGAUCUUACGAGUACCCCGACUAUCCCAUGGAUCACAAAGUAUACGGAGUGAAGGAGAACGGGCAUAUCCCGGCGGCCACCCUGCACAGAUACCUCACCGACUAUGCGCGCCAUUUUGGUGUGCUUGCUCGAACCGCCUUCAACACCACUGUCUUGUCCAUUGAGCCCAUGGGGCCAGACGGCUGGUCGAUUGUUACAUCCAGCGGCGGCAAGGAAGGUCGCUUCUGCACAAAAAAGCUCAUCAUGGCAACGGGACUUACUUCCGAGCCCAACAUGCCGACCUUCCCCGGCCAAGAAGAGUUCAAUGCCCCCUUGUUCCAUGCUAAAGACUACUGCCGUCAAGCCCCUGCCACCAAGUCCGCCAAGAAUGUUGUGGUCGUCGGUGGUGCAAAGUCCGCCUUCGAUAUCGCCUACGCCUUUGUCCAGCAAGGCGCCCAGGUGGACUUGGUGAUCCGUCCCGAUGGGAAUGGGCCCGUCUGGCUCUCGCCUCCGUUUGUGACCCCCUGGAAGCGGAAGAUUGAGGAACUCCUCCACACCCGCCUCGUGACAUGGUUCAGUCCCUGUCCGUGGGGCAACGAAGAUGGCUUCGCCCCUGUGCGGUACUUCCUGCACCAAACCGGCGUCGGUCGGUGGCUGGUACAUAACUUCUGGCACGCGCUGGGCUCCGAUAUCAUCGCCCGGAACGAAUACGACUCCCACCCGGAGACCCGCAGGCUCAAGCCAUGGUGCUCUCCGUUCUGGGUCGCCAGCGGGCUCAGCAUCCAUAACUACGAGACCAACUUCUUCGACUUGGUGAAGAACGGCGCCAUCCGUGUCCAUGAAGCCAACAUCGUCCGGCUCCGCGAGAAGGAGGUCCACCUGUCAACCGGCAAAGCCCUCCCCGCAGACGUGUUGAUCUGCGCCACGGGGUGGAAAAAGAGCUCCUCCGUUCAGUUCUUGGACUGCGAAUUGGGCAUUCCCGGUACCGACGACGAGCGUGCCGCCCUCUAUCAGAAAGCCGACGAGAAGAUCCUCGCCGACUACCCCGAUCUGGCCUCCCAGCCCGUUCUCCGCUACGAGCCGAAAGCGGUCGACCCACUCCGCCUGUACCGCUUCAUGGUUCCCAUCGCCUCGUACCGGCAGCGGAACUUUGCCUUCGCGGGCGCCGUCUCGACGGUAAGCACGUCCACCUGCGCAAGUAUCCAGGGACUGUGGAUCUCCGCCUUUUUCGACGGGCUGCUGGAGCGGGACGCCGCCACCCCGGCAGAGGCGGCGGAGGAAGCCGUGCUGCAUUCCCAGUGGUGUGUUUGGCGCUAUCCUAGCGGCUACGGGCAUUCCCUCCCGGACAUGGCGUUGGAUGUUCUACCGUACUUUGACUUGAUGGUGCGGGAUCUGGGGUUGAGACACCAUCGCAAGACGAGCCCUUGGGCGGAGCUGAUAGAAGCAUAUAAACCGCGGGACUAUAUGAAGCUCAUGGAAGAAUGGAACGCCUUGAGGUCGCGGGAUGGGGAUGGUGGGGUGAAGACAGUCGCUCUGUGA